GAAAACAAACACAUUUUGAGAUAACUAAAAUAUUAUCGUUCAAAAGACUAAGACAAAAAUGAAAAGGGCUGCCUAAAACAACACUGCUUUAAGCGGAUUAUUCGGGUAGACUUUGCAGCAGCGAGUUCAAGCGCUAACUACUGUAAGUGCACUCGAGUACGGAUGUCGCCAAAAAUUUGGAGCCGGCCAAAUGCGGCGUGGGCGGGCGGGCAAUCGGUCGGGCGAGUGAGCUUGCCAGCGAGCGGGCGUCUUAAUGGAAAAUGGCUAAUGAAGUCGGAUAAUCCGCCUCUGCCGCUGUUUGUUUUGGAUUGUUUUCCUUUCGGGGCCAAUCAGCGCUAAUGGAUUUUGGCAGGCCACAUUCCCGCGUCUCCGCGCACACGUCCGUCAAUCAAAGGGGCGAGUGGGAGGGGGCGCCACCUUCAAAAGACCCGCGCUGACGCCAAGACCCGCAAACGCAAGCGGAAGCCCGAUCGCCAGAGUUGACCAUGCGCGGAUGUGACCGUUCCCUGUUGGCGUUGGCGCUGUGGUCGCUGCUGUGCGGCCCGGCCCUUUCCUCCCAGGCCGACGUGCGGCGCCGCCACCCGGAGGCGCUCCUCGACCCGGCGGACCCCGAGCCGGAGCAGAAAGCGGCUGAGCCGUCGUCGCAGGAGUGGAGCGAGCGAGCGCUAGAGGAUUUCCUGGCCAGGAUGACGGCGCCCGAGGCGGACGGCGACCGACGGGCGUCCCGUCUCCUCUCGGCCGGAGUUCAUCUGGAGCGCUCGGUGGAGCCCCCUAACAAUCUGCCCCCACGCGAGCGCAAGGCCGGAUGCAAGAACUUCUACUGGAAAGGCUUCACUUCCUGUUAGGAGGGCGCUUCCUUUCCUGUCCUUUCUUCUUUGUCUGCUCACUCACUUGCCUGUCAUUAAAGAGAAAAAUUCCACGCUGCGUCUGCGUGUGUCUUCUGGAGACC